AUGCUCGCCAUCCACGUUGUGAGGGGAUGUCAGGUGAAAGCCCACCUGACCCUGGAUCCGAUCAACUUGACCAAGAAAUCUUAUCAUUCCACCAUGUCUGCGUUAAUCACCCCUCCCGAGCUUCGACGACGUUGGGUCACCCGCCAGGAGAUUGCCCUGCUCGACGUCCGCGAAGAAGGACCCUACUCCAUCUCGCACCCCCUUUGGGCCCUCAGUGUGCCAAUCUCCGAAAUCGAGGACAAGUUGCCCUCCUUGGUCCCCCGACUGUCGGCGCCCAUCGUCGUCUAUGACGCUGGCGAGGGCUACGUGGAGCGCGCCGUCGCGAGCGUCGAGGCUCUGGGCUACCACGACGUCGCCAUCCUGGAAGGUGGUCUAUCUGGCUAUGCCAAAGUGGGCGAGCUCUACCGCGACGUCAAUGUCCCAUCCAAAGCCUUUGGCGAGCUCGUAGAGGCCAUCCGACAGACGCCAUCCAUUUCCGCUGAGGAUGCAGACAAACUUCUGGCGAGCAAUGACAAUGUCGUGGUGCUAGACGUCAGGAGAUACGAGGAGUACCACAUCAUGAGCAUCCCGCACGGCCGCAGCUGCCCCGGUGGCGAGCUCCUCUAUCGCAUCUUUGAAGCCGCGCCCUCUUCCGAUACCACAGUGAUCGUGAACUGCGCAGGCCGCACACGGGGGCUCGUGGGUACGCAGUCUCUUUUGAAUUCUGGGGUGCCUAAUAAGGUCAUGGCGCUAAGGAAUGGCACCAUUGGAUGGACAUUGGGAGGGUUGCCACUCGAUCAGAACAAGGCGGUCCGAGUUCCAUUGCCCUCGCAAGAAGCCGGCGUGAAGGCACGCCACCAUGCGGAAGCGUGGGCGAAGCACGUGGGCGUGCCGGUUAUUGAUGCGGAUGAGCUGGCACGACUCGUCCAAGACAGGGACUCCCGGUCGCUGUACCUACUAGACGUCAGAGAUCCAGAGGAAUACGCGGACGGGCAUGUCAAGGGUUUCACGUCUGCGCCUGGCGGGCAGCUGGUCCAGGCCACUGAUGAAUGGGUUGGUGUCCGAGGGGGUCAAAUUGUGCUCUACGAUACGGACGGCGUGAGAGCCCGAAUGACAGCUACAUGGCUCCUCCAACUUGGCUGGGAGGUCUACGUCCUGAGCGAAUCGUCCCCAGUGCAAGAUAUCGCCCCAGAUCAAGAAGCACCCUCUUGGCUGGCAACAGAGCUUCCAAGUAUCACAGUGGAUGAGCUGACGAGCAUGGAGCAAGUGACAGUCGUCGAUCUUGCACGGAGUCCCGCCUACAAAAAAGGCCACAUCCCAGGCUCAUGGUUUGCCUCAGGUCCAGAGCUCGUGCGCGACCUUAACAACAUGCAGGAUGCCAAGAAUAAUAUGGUUGCUUUGACUUCCCUGGACGGACGUAUUGCUGCGGCGAAUGUGCAGCAUGCACGAGACAUGACCGGCCGGCAAGUCGCAUAUCUAGUGGGCGGAACGCAGGCUUGGGUGGAAGCUGGGAGACCUCUGGAAACAGAGCCGCGUUGGCUCUCCCAGCCAAUUGAUGUGUACAAGAGGCCGUACGAGGGUACCAGCAAUGCGCGCGAGGACAUGCAGGCGUACAUUGACUGGGAGCAUCAGCUAGUUGCGCAGCUUGCCAACGACGGUGUAGCCUGCUUCCAUGUGAAGCGAGGGAUGGAUGAUGGUGGGGAUUAG